AUGACAAGUCUUUUACCUCCAAAUAGCCGGAGGGACUUUGAUGUUGCGAUUAUUUGCGCGUUACAGAUUGAAGCAGACGCUGCGGAGGCACUCUUCGAUCAUUUCUGGGACGAAGACGGCGAUCGAUACGGGAAGUCAAGAGGGGAUCAGAAUGCAUAUCGAACUGGAGUUAUCGGCAAACAUAACGUCGUGUUGGCAUAUAUGCCUGGCAUUGAAAAGGGCCAUGCAGCAAGCGUCGCGGCGAGUUUCCGAUCGAGUUUUCAGGGUAUUCGACUUACCUUGAUUGUUGGAAUCUGCGGAGGAGUACCAGACAGAACCAGCGAUGGGGUCUUUCUCGGUGAUAUUGUUAUCACCGAUGAAAUCGUGGUGUACGAUCUAGGCAGGAGAUUCCCCGGGGGCUUUCGGCGCAAAGAGGGAAUAACCAAUUCUACCGUGAACAUCGAAGUCAGGGCCUUUAUGCAGAAACUGAAAAGUCAAAAGGGUCGCGAGCAGUUAUUGAAGAGGACCUCCCAUCAUUUUACUGGCCUACGGAAGCGAGAUCUUAGUUAUAAUGGCCCUGGACGCUUGAGAGAUCGACUUUUCGAAAAUACCUAUCAUCAUAAGCACCACAGCCCUUCAAGAUGCAAGAAGUGUGAGAAAGAUGAGCUAUGCAGAAAGGCUCAGGAGUCCACAUGUGAGGCGUUGAACUGUGACGAGAAGAGACUGAUUGCUCGUUCCCGAUUUCCCCUCGAUAGGCUCGAUAUUCACUUUGGACGAAUAGCUUCGGGCGACACAGUCAUGAAGUUUGCCGUGGAGCGAGACAGGAUUGCUCAAGAAGAGGACGUGAUUGCGUUCGAGAUGGAGGGCGCGGGAAUUUGCAACAAUUUACCUUUCAUUAUGGUUAAGAGUGUUUGUGACUAUGCUGAUAGUCAUAAGGAUAAAAACUGGCAGAAGUACACUGCUGGAAGAGCUGCUGCAUGUAUGAGAUCGGUGUUAGAGCAGUGGGCGGCUAUCGACCCACAAGGUGGAAGCGCUGGACAUCAAACGGACUCAUUGCAGGCUAUUUCAGAUCGCCUUGACACCAUUUCUGAAGUAACACCCCCUCAUCCACUACUCACCGAAGAAAGUCAUUCGUCACAGCAAAGCCAAGAUAACAUCUCUGAGAAAUUACUGCAAGUCUUAUCGGCGGUCACCUUGAGAUUCAAAAGUGUUCUUGCUUCUUUCAAAGCAAACCGCAAGCGCUUACCUCGUGAUGCUGAUCUCAAGAGCUUGCUGAAGACCCAGCGCGUCGUUUUCCUAGAUAUUUUAGAGGCUAUGUCCUCCACCACCUUGGAGCCCGCGAAUACUGAUCAUGAUUCGACAAACAAGCUCCGCUUGGAUGGGGCUCAAGCGAUCCAAACCAAGCUUGAGGAAAUUGAAGACAUGACAAAUAAUCUUCCUAUUACCGACAAGGGGAAGUCGCAUUCUAGGAGUGAUGUGGACAAGCUAAAAGACGCCCUUGAAGAUCUAGCCUCUAUAGUUCAGGUUUUCGUAUCUUUGAUUCCUCACCCAAAAAGGCCUCGGUUAGUGGAAACUUCAAGAGUUGCUAGUUCCCUCAAAAGUUGCCGCGAGUUUAAGCAUUUUCAAAUUAUCCAAAAAGCUGCUUGCAGUCUCUAUGAUGCUUUUGGAACAGCAUGUAAUGCACAUACUGUUCAUAAUGUGCAUUUGUCCCUCCAACCGAACCUUGAUCAAACAUUAUCUCGGGUACAGUUCAAUGUGGCCUACUCCCAGAUAUCUAUGAGUCCAGGAAAGACAGUCUGGAUCAAAGUUGAAUCAAAGAUAAAAUCCACCGAAGCCAUUCUCCAAGAAACGUCCCUAUCGAUGAGAGACUCACCUCUCGAGCUGCCUGUCGAGCGUCCUAUAAAGCGCUCGCGAUCUGUGUCGGAUACUUCAACGAAAUUUCGCAAACAAGUACGGUUCCAGUUCCAUUCUCCACCCGAGUCUCUCGGGUCAUUGUGCCCAAAAGAAAUAUUUCCCAGCGUCCCAAAUCUUCAUCUACAGCGAAACCUUUGUACUUUGAUGAAGAGAAUCUCACAUCAACGGGAGUGCAAUGAGUUCAUUGGGUCACUUGGCGACAAUGUCAUUUUGGGGCACGCGUCGUUGGUGCUGGUAGUGUCUGUCUGCGAACCAGACACCACCGGGGCAGAUACUUGGGUAGCGGAAGACAAGAGAGGAGAACCUAGGGGUGGCUUGAGAAGGAAAGAUGUCACCACAUACCACUCUUCCCCACUACACCAUUUAGCAUAUAUCGACAGCGAACCUGAGAACAAGAGCAUCUCAACUUCGCUCUCUGAACUCAUAUCUCUGUCAGAAAGCAGAUUGGCGGAACGUAUGAGUUUUUAUGAGCAAAUUAGACUAUGCAGGUAUCUUGCUACUGCGGUUUUGUACUACCAUGCUACGCCCUGGCUCAAAAAACCGUGGCGCAGCGACGAUAUUCACUUUUUCGGCGAUGGUUCUUCCCUUCAACCGAUGCCAGACAAUCUACUAAACAUUGCCAUGGCUACUUCCGUCCAAAGAGAAGACGUUCCAAUCGAACGUCAGCCCCAAGCCUCCAAUUACCAUCAUGUUGUUCGCAACCCAGUUCUUUUCGGGCUGGGUGUCAUGUUUCUCGAACUCGCAUACGAGGCACCACUUAAGGCUCUUCAAAAGCCAAUUGACCUCGAGAAAGGAGAUAUGCAGGGAUUUGCGGAUUAUUUCACAGCUCACAGGGUAGCAGACAGCAAUCGAAAAGUGACCGGUAGCUUUAAAGCAAUAAUCAAAAAAUGUCUACAUUGUGACUUUGGUCACGACAGUGAUUUCACGAGCUCAGGACUUCAGGAAGCUUUCUAUCAUGAUGUGAUUGGAAGUCUUGAGCAACUGGAAAUCAAGUUGCAGGAUAUUUGA